CACGACUGGCGCGCGUUCGCCAUGCUCUGCGCCGGGGUGUUCGUCAUCAUGAUGGACCAGAACCUCAUGGCGCCCAACCUCUCGGCAAUCGCCCACGAUUUUGGAUUCGAUGACACGGAGAGGGACGUGCGCCUCGGCGGGCACAUUUCCGUGGCGUUCUUCCUCCUCGGGUUACCCGCGGCGCUCGUCAUCGGCGUACUCACCGACGUCAUCCAGCGCAAGCGCAUCCUGGUGUGGACCAUGAUCUUAGGGCAAGGGCCCUGCGUCCUCGCGCUGUUCGUGUCGAGCUACUGGGAGCUCUUCGCCAUCCGCACCCUCACCGGCGUCGCCGUGGGCGGGGCGCUGCCCAUCGUGUACAGCAUGGUCGGCGACCUGUUCCCCGCGAACUCGCGGUCGUACGCGUCCAUGAUCGUCGGCAUGGCGAUGAACUUCGGCGGGAUGUUCGGGCAGGGCGUCGCGGGGUACCUGGGGCCGAGCUUCGGGUGGCGCGUCCCAUUCGCGGUGGUUGGGACGUUCGGCCUGAUCGUCGCCGCCGUCGUCCAAAACUUCGCGGUCGAGCCGCGCAGGGGCGUCGCGGACGGCGGCGACGGCGGGCUCGGCGCGUCCGCGGCGGCCGCCGCCGCGGCGGCGUCGGCGAAGACCGCGUCGCUGGCCUCGCACCGAUGGGCGCCGCUGCUCCGCGAGUGGCUGAAAAAAUCAGCCGCCGUGUUUCGCCGACCGACCAACGUCCUCGGCUUUCUGCAGGGCAUACCCGGGUGCGUGCCGUGGAGCAUCAUCGGCGUGUUCAUGAACGAUUACCUCGCCGUGGACAAGGGCCUCGGCGUGGAGCACGCGACGACGAUAAUGAUGUUCUUCGGAUUUGGCGGCAUGUUCGGCACGAUCACCGGAGGCGUCUUGGGCCAGAAGCUCUACAACGCGAAGCCGUGGUACAUGACGGCGUACAUGGGAGCCGCCGCGAUCGCCGGGAUAUUCCCGUGGCUCUACAUUGUCGAGGCGGACGACUACGGCACCUCCGCGGAGGCUAUGGGUGAGAAGAUCGCCGUCAUGUUCUUCGCCGGUUGGCUCGCGACGAUGACCGGGGUCAACGUUCGGACCGUCAUCGUCAACGUCAACGCGCCUUACGAACGAGGCACGGCGUUCGCGUGGUUCAACCUGACGGACGACCUAGGGAAAGGGUUCGGGCCCGUCAUGUCGUCGGCGCUCGUGGCGCACGUGGGGCGGACGUUGGCGUUUAAGCUCGGGUUUGGGUUUUGGGCUCCGUGCGGGGCGCUGUGUCUGCUG